AUGCAAGUAAAAAAUGAAAAAGAAUUAACAAUAAUACAUGACAAUGAGGAAUAAGAAGAAGAUGCAUUUGACUAGUUUAUCAAGAAACUUGGAUAAAAUGAUAAAAAAGAAUUCAGUGUUGAUAUAAUACCAAGAAGUUUUCUGAAUGAUGUAGCAUUAAAAAAGAAGAAGACAAGAGUGGCAAAGAAAGAAAUGGCAAAAUCUGCUUUAGGCACUGAUAUUUUAAAGAAAAAUAAAAUAUUUAUGAGUUAAACAAAUGAUAUAUAACCUAAAAUUAACAAGUAGAAUGAUGAGAAGUCAUCUAUUGCAUAUUCAUACUUAAAAGGUUCUGAUAGUGAUUCUGCUUCUUUGAUGAAUAAGGAGACUCCAAGUCAAAUGAGCAAAUGA